GGGCCGGAGGGGGAGGGGCGCGCAUGCGUGGAGCCACGGGCGCGGCAGGUGGCGGGACCCUUGGCCCAGUGGGCCCCGGCCCAGGACCCAGUUGGGCGUGGCCCAGGCGCAGAGGACAGUGGGACGGCCAUGGUGGGGACGCCCAGUGCGGUUGUGUGCCCUGAGGUCAGCGUCCCUGUCACCCCGGACAGCUGAGGGUGACCUCGGAGCUCCACGUGCAGCCCGUGCCUCAAUUUCCCUGCCUGUCAAAGGGACCGGAUUCUGCGGCCGCUGCCUCCACCUCCGCAAGCGGAGCUGGUGUGUAGGUCUGUCCCCGGUGGAAUGGACCAGAGAGGUGCACUCGCCAGUCCCGCGCCACACCGCAGUGUGUCCAAUGAUGAGACAGCUCAGGACCCUGGAUGCGGCCUGAGGGAGCCGGACCAGCAGAGCGUGGUGAAGCGUGUGGUAGCCUUGCCCCUCGUCAGGGCCACCUGCACGGCCGUGUCUGGCGCUUACAAUGCCGCCAAGGACAAGCACCCGCUGCUGGGCUCGGCCUGCCGCCUUGCUGAGAACUGUGUGUGCAGUGUGACCACCCGCGCCCUGGACCACGCGCAGCCGCUGCUGGAGCAUCUGCAGCCUCAGUUGGCCACGGUGAACAGUCUUGCCUGCAGGGGACUGGACAAAUUGGAGGAGAAGCUGCCCUUCCUGCAGCAGCCGUCAGACAUGGUGGUGACCUCAGCCAAGGACGUAGUGGCCACCAGCGUCACAGGUGUGGUGGGCCUGGCCCAGCGCGGCAGGCGCUGGAGCGGAGAGCUGAGGCGCUCCAUGAGCCAGGCCAUGGACAUGGUUCUGGGCAAGUCGGAGGAGCUGGUGGACCACUUCCUGCCCAUGACUGAGGAUGAGCUAGCGGCCCUGGCAGCCGAGGCUGAGGGCCCAGAAGUGGGCUCUGUGGAGGAGCAGAGGCGGCAACAGGGCUACUUUGUGCGUCUGGGAUCCCUGUCAGCGCGCCUCCGCCACCUGGCCUAUGAACACUCUUUGGGGAAACUGAGGCAGAGCAAACACCGCACCCAGGACACGCUGGCCCAGCUGCAGGAGACCCUGGAGCUGAUUCACCGUAUGCAGAGCGGGGUGAGCCCCACUCCCCACCCCCCAAAGGUGCAGGAGCUGUGGGAGGGCUGGAGUCCAUGGCCAGAGAACGGGCGCAGCCACAGCCAGGUGGAGCUGGAGACCCUGGCCCUGUCUCGCAGCCUGACCUUGGAGCUGCAGAGUGCUGUGGACACACUGGCAGGCUGUGUGCGGGGCCUGCCGCCGGGUGCCCGGGCCAAGGUGGCCGAGGUGCAGCGCAGCGUGGACGCCCUGCAGGCUGCCUUCGCCGACGCCCGCUGCCUACGGGACGUGGCGCCCGCCGCUCUGGCCGAGGGCCGGGGCCGCGUGGCCCGUGCACACGCCUGCGUGGACGAGCUGCUGGACUUGGUCCUGCGGGCGGUGCCCCUGCCCUGGCUCGUGGGUCCAUUUGCACCAAUCCUGGUGGAGCGGCCGGAGCCCCUGGCCGACUUGGCUGCCUGCGUGGAUGAGGUGGUGGGCGCCCCCGAUCCGCGCUGGGCGCACAUGGACUGGCCGGCCCAACAGAGAGCCUGGGAGGCCGAGCACGCAGACCCGCCGCUGCCGUUACCGUCCGAGCCCCAGAGCAGCCCGGCUAAACACAGGAUGAUGCCGGAGCUGGACUUCUGACCACCCAGGGCCCUGCUGCCCCCUGGUGGUCACAUGAUCGCGCUCACCCCAGCGGGCUGUGGACCCCACGCAAGCUACUCUUUCCUGUGAUCCUGUGCCCACCUCCAAAGUUGGCACACAGCUAUCGUGCCAGCACUUGAGAGGCUAGGGCAGGAGGAUUGAGAUUUGAGGCCAGCUUGAGCUGCCUUAGCAAAACUGUCAAAUAUAUAUAUUUUUUUUAAGGCGGCUCUGGGCUCUGAGGAAAACAUGGUGUCCCACGGCAUCUGCUCCAGGGGCUCAGAUGCUUUCAAAGCAAAUGCUUUUGGCUGAUGUCCCUCCAGGAUGUCCAGCCAGCUCUGUUGGGCCAGAGACUCACUUGUUUUGCUGUUCAUGGUCCAGAAUAAACAUGUAUGGUGUGGUCUGA